AUGUCGUCUGCAAGGUGGUUAAUGGCAUUUUGUUCGAAGACCACACAGCUGGGUUCCACAAGACUAUCAACACCGUUGUUCACGGCCCCGCUUUCGAAUUAUUCAACGGAAGCUGAUGACAUCCCUUUUCAUGUUAUGGUAGAAGGGUUUUUCAGUAAAGCAUCUGCUAUGGUAGAACGGAAGCUCAUCAAGGAUUUGAAAGUACGGUUGCCGGAAUACGAAAAAUCAAAAAUCGUAAAAGGAACCCUAGGAAUCCUGAAACCAUGCUCCCGUGUUUUUGAAGUAAACCUGCCUUUUAGGCGGGACGACGGCACUUUCGAAAUGGUUCAAGGAUUUCGUGCCCAACAUAGCGUCCAUCGCAGACCAACGAAAGGUGGCAUUCGCUACAGCCUUGAUGUAAACCGAGGUGAAGUAAUGGCUCUGGCCUCUUUAAUGACCUUCAAAUGUGCCGUCGUGGACGUGCCUUUUGGUGGAGCGAAGGCUGGUCUGUGUAUUGAUCCUCGUGCAUUAUCCGUGAACGAGAUAGAACGAUUGACACGACGAUUUGCCCUGGAGCUUUCGAAACACGGUUUUCUAGGUCCCGGUACCGACGUCCCCGCCCCAGACAUGGGCACUGGAGAGCGAGAAAUGAGUUGGUUUGCAGAUACUUAUGCGAGUACUUUGGGCCACUUCGAUAUGCACGCUCAUGCAUGCGUGACUGGCAAACCCAUCUCAAUGGGUGGGAUUCAUGGUAGAAUAUCCGCAACUGGCAGGGGUGUUUAUCAUGGAAUCGACAAUUUCUUGAGUAAUACAAAAUACGCAAACACGAUCGGUCUCACACCUGGACUCAAAGGGAAAACCUUCAUUAUUCAAGGGUUUGGUAAUGUCGGUCUCCAUACCAUGCGUUACCUUGAUCGCGCCGGAGCAAAAUGUAUUGGAGUGGCAGAAAUCGAUGGGCAAAUCUACAACCCAUCUGGAAUCGACCCGCGUGAAUUAGAGGACUGGAAGCUUGAGCAUGGCACUAUCUGCGGAUUUCCCAAAGCAGAUGCCUAUACCAAAGAUUCGCUUUUGCAUGCAGAAUGUGAUAUAUUGGUGCCUUGUGCAAACGAAAAACAAAUACAUGGAGGGAAUGCAGACAAGAUCCGGGCUAAACUGAUUGCGGAAGGUGCCAAUGGGCCAACUACCCCUACAGCUGACCAGAUUUUACGUGACAAGAACAAACUGGUGAUUCCAGAUUUGUACUUGAACGCCGGUGGUGUCACUGUGUCGUACUUUGAGUGGCUCAAAAAUUUGAACCAUGUCAGCUACGGUCGACUGACAUUCAAAUAUGAACGAGAUUCAAACUACUACUUGCUGGACAGCGUCAGAGAAUCUUUAGAGAAAAAAUUCGGCCAGUCAAUCCCGAUCGCUCCGUCGGAAGAAUUCCAAAGGCGCAUUGCUGGUGCUUCAGAGCGUGACAUUGUCCACUCUGGCCUGGAAUACACAAUGGAACGCUCUGCCAAGCGUAUUAUGAAUAUUGCAGAAACAUAUAACUUGGGUCUGGAUAUCCGCACUGCUGCGUACAUAAGUGCAAUUGAGAAGAUAUUCAACGUGUACCUAGAAGCCGGCUUUGUCUUCUGCUAAGGGAACAAGUGGUGUAUAGAAGUACACAUUUUCGGGACAUGUAACCUCAUGGAAUAUCCCGGUUUCCACCUUACCAGCCCCUUCUAGGCCGUUUUUCUGUUACUAUUUAGUUGUGACUGUGUUUGGCUCUGAUUUGUCUCACCCCUCUCCAACAAAAACCACCCCCAAAGAUUUGGAAAAUAACAGGGCAAACUGUUGAUUGUUAUACAUGAUAAACUAUGUUCUUUGUAUUGAUAUCAUGAUUGAGUCCCGCUUUUGACCUUUGUCACUCUUCGACUCCAUUUUACCUCCCCUAUAGAGUUUUAUUCUGGUAAUGUAUAUUGUGAAUUGAUUUUCAUACCGCUGUCUUUUCGUCGCCAUCAUGCGCCUUACUCGUCCUGGUAAGGUGAUUGCACUUAGUGGUCGUUCACUCAUGUUAGUUCGGGAACUCAUAUCUGCACAACCAAUGUACGCUUGAUGUGCUUUGCCUAACUAUCUAGGAUUGAUCUACCGACUAUUUUCACUUGCCUGCACGAUGUAUGUAUUGUCUGGAUGCUUGGUAUAAUUCUGCAUAUGAC